AUGGUUUCUAUACAAUACUAUACAUAUACCCCAGUGAUAGACUUUCUCUCCAACACAAACAACCCCAGCCCCAAGACAAGCCCACCACCAGCCAAGCAGCCCUAUGUAAAGUGGAACUGGUUCACACAGCUGUUUAGAGGGCUGGGGGCCGGGGGCCACUUCUUCUCCUGUACAGAGAUGAAACACUGUGCCGCUCUAAGCAACCCUGCAGGUAGGCCUGCUAAAGCCAUCGGCUCUGCUCUGUUACUUCAGUUCUUAGCGCUGUGUUUUUGCACACAGAACACAGUGCAGUCCCACUCCCCACCUCCUAAUUUCAAGCACCAUGUGAACGAGCAGUGCCGGUUGUCUGACCGGAUGAGCCGCCGGUUGAUUCGGACCUACCAGCUCUACAGCCGGACCAGCGGUAAACAUGUCCAGGUUCUGGGAAAUAAGAAAGUGAAUGCCAUGGGCGACGACGGAGCUGUGCACGCCAAACUUGUGGUGGAGACGGACACGUUUGGUAGUCGUAUUCGGAUCAAAGGGGCAAAGACGGGCUACUACAUCUGCAUGAACAAGACGGGGAAAUUGAUUGGCAAGCGGAAGGGUCGUGGUAAAGACUGCAUCUUCACAGAGAUCGUUCUGGAGAACAACUACACUGCUCUCCAGAACGCUAAAUAUGAGGGCUGGUACAUGGCCUUCACGCGUAAAGGAAGGCCCCGCAAGGCCUCCAGGACCAAGCAACACCAGAGGGAGGCCCACUUCAUGAAACGCCAGCCCAAGGGCCACCUCCUGGGUGACACCCAGCCCUUUGAUGUCCUCCCCGUGGUCCCCUUCCACCCCCGGAGGACUAAACAUACCCAUCACCACAGCUCAGGGGCCCACUGAGGAAAGAACAGACGAAGAAGAAGAGGAAGCAUAGGGAGGGAGGGAAACGCACCAAACAAAAAUACCACUACCACAUUUCUGCUCCUUGCAAGGACUCCUUUUUGUUGUGUUUUGUACUGGAUUGUGUCUAAAACAAUGAGUAGACUAUCUAAUCUGCUACGUCAGACCGAGGUUUAUUUGCAGGAAAGAGUUUUUAUAACCAGAGGGCGAUUUUAGUGCUCAAGCACUCGAUGAGAUUUGAAUGAAUGAAAGGACAUCUUGGGCUUAGUGAUAACCCUACUCAGCUAUAAAGAGAGGAUGUUAUGAGAGAGAAAUAAUGAAUACACAUUACAUGGCAGCUAUCUUUGGAUCAUCAUGUGGUUGCAUCAACUAAUUAACAGUGAAUACACGUAAAACACUUUAUUUUGCAUUUAGGAGGCCAUUUGCGUUCAUUUUCGUUAGUCUGUUUUCUACAUAUAUGAAUAUAUUUUUAAUUGGAAGAUUUGUAUAAAUACUUUUAAAUGAUGGAAAUAUUUAUUGUAGAGUGUAUAUUAAAAUCACAAAAGAAUUUUGAGUCAAUGCGCCGUUUCUAACUAUUUUUCUAGCUGGGUCACUUUGGGGUCCCAAAGGUUCUAACGUUGCCUAAAAAACUGGAGACCCAGAUAACUAAGGGGCGAUAUCUGUGACAGGCUACUGCAAUUCAAUGUGCUCAGCAAGUGAGACUUGGGCCUGAAUAGCUGGGGCUAUGCAUUAAAAGCAGACGAGGUCAGCCCACAAUUUUGUUUCGAGACAAAGGUUACCACCAUGUAGUUGCAUUUCUCACGAUCACACACCGUAGCCCUGUGGUCAAAUGGGCCCUUUGUGGCCCUCAUAUAAAAGGACAUGUUAUACAAUAGUUGGUUCGAAUAAUAACACGAGGAGGGUUCAGUUAUCAAAAAGAAGCUAGUCU